UCCUCGGUGUUAAAUACUUCUGUCCAGCGCUCCACUGGCCUCUUGUCCCAAUCUCAGAGCAGGAAGCGUCACCAAGAUCAACCAUGACAACUUACAGUGACAAAGGGAAGAAGCCUGAGAGAGGCCGAUUCCUCCAUUUCCACUCGGUGACCUUCUGGGUUGGCAAUGCCAAGCAGGCUGCGUCAUUCUACUGCAACAAGAUGGGCUUUGAACCACUAGCCUACAAGGGCCUGGAGACGGGUUCCCGGGAGGUAGUCAGCCAUGUGAUCAAGCAAGGCAAGAUCGUGUUCGUCUUCUCCUCCGCCCUCAACCCCUGGAACAAAGAGAUGGGCGACCACCUGGUAAAGCACGGCGACGGAGUAAAGGACAUCGCGUUUGAGGUGGAAGACUGUGACUACAUCGUACAGAAAGCCCGGGAACAAGGUGCCAAAAUUGUGCGGGAGCCCUGGAUAGAGCAAGAUAAGUUUGGGAAGGUGAAACUGGCCGUGUUGCAGACAUAUGGGGACACCACGCACACCCUGGUGGAAAAGAUGAACUAUACUGGCCGGUUCUUGCCUGGAUUCGAGGCCCCAGCAUCUGUGGACCCUCUACUUUCCAAGCUGCCUACCUGCAGUCUCGAGAUUAUCGACCACAUUGUGGGAAACCAGCCUGACCAGGAGAUGGUGUCUGCCUCCGAGUGGUACCUGAAGAAUCUGCAGUUUCACCGGUUCUGGUCCGUGGAUGACACGCAGGUGCACACAGAAUACAGCUCUCUGCGCUCCAUCGUGGUGGCCAAUUACGAGGAGUCCAUCAAGAUGCCCAUUAAUGAGCCGGCCCCGGGAAGGAAGAAGUCCCAGAUCCAGGAAUAUGUGGACUACAAUGGGGGCGCUGGGGUCCAGCACAUCGCUCUCAAGACCCAAGACAUCAUCACAGCAAUUCGCCACUUGAGAGCGAGAGGCAUGGAGUUCUUGUGUGUUCCAUCAUCAUACUACAAACAACUGAGGGAGAAGCUCAAGUCCGCCAAGAUCCAAGUGAAGGAGAGCAUUGAUGUCCUGGAGGAGCUGAAAAUCCUGGUAGACUACGACGAGAAAGGCUACCUCCUGCAGAUCUUCACCAAGCCCAUGCAGGAUCGGCCCACGCUCUUCCUGGAAGUCAUCCAGCGCCACAAUCACCAGGGUUUUGGAGCCGGCAACUUCAACUCACUGUUCAAGGCUUUCGAGGAGGAGCAGGACCUACGGGGCAACCUCACGGACCUGGAGACCAACGGGACCCUACGGGGCAUGUAGGCCCUACGGGCCCCGCGGACCCACCGAGGC